AUGUAUCUGUGUGUGUAUUUCUACCUCCUAAUGAGCUUUUUUGAAGCAGUGUGUGGUUUCUGUCCUUCACAAUGCACUUGCGUUUACCAUGGCAGAAGUGAUGGCACUGGAACAAGGUCUGUGCUCUGUAAUGAUCCUGACAUGUACGAGAUCCCUGUGAAUGUUCCUGUGGAUACAGGAAAGCUUCGUAUAGAGAAAACCGUCAUACGGAGGAUUCCCACUGAAGCCUUUUACUACCUGGUAGAUCUCAAAUACCUGUGGCUGGCUUACAACUGCAUAGCCAACAUUGACAUCAGCAGUUUCUAUAACUUGAAACUACUGCAUGAGCUACGCCUGGAUGGUAACCUGCUCUCCACUUUCCCUUGGGAAUCCCUGGCUGAGAUGCCCAACCUCAGGACUCUUGACUUACACAACAAUAAAGUCACCAGCAUUCCUGCUGAUGCUGGAAGGUACAUGAGGAACCUCACCUACCUGGACAUAUCCAGCAACAAGCUCACCACCUUGCCGUCAGACCUGAUGGAUAUUUGGCCCCCCUUCUCAGAAGCUGUUCUGUCCAAGAACACAGACAUUGUGGCUAGCCAGAGAGUCAUUUUGGGUCUGCAGGACAACCCGUGGUUUUGUGACUGCCGCAUUUCCAAGCUAAUUGAAUUUUCCAAAAUCGUGGACAACUCGCUCAUACUUCUUGACCCUCUGGUUUCGUGUAGUGGACCUGAGAGCCUGGCAGGAAUCUUGUUCCAGAGGGCUGAGCUAGAGCAGUGUCUGAAACCAUCCGUGAUGACAUCGGCGACAAAAAUCACCUCCCCGCUCGGAAGCAACGUCCUGCUGCGCUGUGAUGCCACGGGGUACCCAACACCACAGCUUACUUGGACUAGGUCAGACAAUAUACCAGUGAACUAUACAGUAAUUCAAGAAACACCUGGAGAGGGUGUCAGAUGGUCCAUAAUAAGCUUGACAGGGAUUUCAUACAAAGAUGCAGGAGAAUACAGAUGUAAAGCCAAGAACUUAGCAGGAAUGUCAGAAGCUGCUGUCACUGUCACAGUGGUUGGUGUAGUUACUACAACUCUGUCACCACAGAAGUAUGGGAGGAAACAAGAGGCAGAGAGGCAGAAUACCACUCAGGAGGAACCCAAGGAGGAGCCUGAGAGGACAACCACACCUCUUCCUACUACAUCAACCACCACAGUACUGGUCAGCACUGAAAGAUCCACGAGCACUCGGGUUCCUGAGAAGAAGCAGCCCAGACCCGUGCUCAAUGGAAAGAAGAAUUCAAAGGCAGUGACAAAUGGAAACAAAAAGCAGACUGGGGAAUUAAACCAGAAGGGUGGGGAAACUUCGUUGAAUACCACAGAUGUGGCUGAGCAAGAUGUUACUGUGAAGGACCUAAGAGUGAUCAGUGAAACUGAUGAAAGAGUGACCUUAACUUGGAAAGUUGUCAAUGCCACAAGCAGCUCUGAAGUGACCGUGUUAUACUCAAAGUAUGGUGACAAAGAUAUGUUGCCUCUCAGCACUGAUUCUAGCAAAACCAGAAUCACCAUUGAUGGUUUGAAUCCUGGUACUCAAUAUAUGGCAUGUGUCUCACCAAAAGGAGUGCCACCUACCAAAGAGCAGUGUGUUAUUUUCUCCACUGACAGCCUCAAUGAUGAAAGCAGCUCUGAGUUCUCUCUUCUGAUAUUGGUCAGCAGUGCAGCCUGCGUGGUUUUUUUACCUUUGAUAAUUUUCUUACUCUACAAAGUUUUAAAACUUCACGUGAAGCCCAGGACUGCAAAGGAAGCUGAGCUUGCAAGAGAGACCUAUGUGAAAUUUGAAACUCUCUCUCUGAAGCCUCGGGCAAUGAAUGCAGGAGAGCAGCUUUGGGCCAGGAGGUAUACGGAUGAGUCAGAAAGACUUCUUCUUUGUUCUAGGGCAAGCAUGGAUUCACAAAUGACCUUCAAAAGUGAGGGCUCUAGGUCUGAAUAUCUGUGUUGA